CGCAAGCAGCUGUUCCAGAUCCAUGCGUUCUCCUUACGGGCGUAAAACUCCCUUGUAAAUGCAUCAUGGGCUGAUUCUGGUAAGGCAGGAUAGGAUGAAGGUUGCCUUAGUGACCAUCACGCACGUUGUCGUCGUGAUUAUAGCCAAGGAAUUGGAGAUCGUUAAGGCAAGAAGAAUUUGCAACAUUACUGAGGCCAGUCAUUUGGAGGGACCAACAUAUCUUGUCGGAAAGCCUGGAUCAUAUUUUGUGGGAAAUCGAUCCAGAGCCAGCCGAGGCAGGAAAGCGAGGAAGUUGGGAACACCAGGCAAUGAAAACAAUCACUCGCCAGCAGCCAGAACGCAGCAUAAUGGAACUGAAACUACGGGCAAUGGAAGCAAUCACUCACCGUCGACCGGAAAUGACCAUAAUGGAAUGGGAACUAUGGGUGGUGGAUAUGGUGGAAUGAUGAACCCAAUGAGCAUGGGGAUGGGGAUGGGGAUGGGAAUGGGAAUGGGCUUCGGCGGAAUGAUGCGUGGAAUGAUGGGUGUAAUGAUGGUAAACCAAGUAAGCAAGUCGGUUGGUAAAGCGUUGGUGGACAUAACGAAAGAGGCUGUGGCAGCAAAACGAAUUACUGCUUCGGCUGCCGCAGGCGCAGGUGGUGGUGCUGAGGAUAAGGGUGAAAGCGAAGGAACAGAUGGAGGUGCUUCGGGAGGUGAUGGAGAGGAUAAAAAGGAUUCCGAGAACGCGACAGAUUCCAAGGACGCUGGAAAAAAACCCACUACGUCUGAGAAAAAGUCAGGAAAGGAUAAGGAGUCCAAAGACUCGAAGGAUUCGUAAGGUGCAGCAGGAGAAACUACUACACCGGACAAAGAGUCAACUUGACUCGGCAUUGCCACGCUGCCGCAGCAGGGAUCAACACUCGAGAUGAAAAUAGUCUGCGAGAAUGACUUAAUGGUCCAUGAUAUCACGCGCUCUUCUAAAUGCAGGAAGUCAGUUUAGACACCCUGAUAUGAGGCGCGCGAUACUUCGCCCACCACUUCAUGCGCCUCGAAGUCAUCUCUGUAAA